ACGAGUCAGUUUACCACCAUACACGAUACAGCUUUGCGAGUGGUGUCUUUACGUCUCUUUCUGUCUCUCUUUCUGUAAAAGAAAGAACUAUCCACCACGGUGUUGCGAAUUUUCUACGCAAGAAGAAGCACGAAAAGAUAACAUGUCGGUCAACUUCAGAAGCAUCCUCAUCAGCGAUCCCGUAGACGACUCUUGCAGCGCACUACUGACCGAACAUGGCAUUCCGGUUACCACAAAAUACAAGCUAUCUAAGGACGAAUUAAUCAGAGAGUUGCAGAAUCAUGAUGCGCUUAUCGUUCGAUCUGAGACCAAAGUCACGGCAGACGUUUUCGCCGCUUGUCCGAAUCUUCGUGUGGUCGGGCGAGCUGGUACUGGCGUUGACAACAUAGAGCUACGUUCUGCCACACGUAAAGGAGCCAUAGUAUUGAACACUCCGGGCGGCAAUAGCAUAAGUGCUUGCGAGCUUACAUGCGCCCUGAUCUCCGCACUCGCGCGCAAUGUCGCACAAGCCGCGCAAUCGUUGAAGGAAGGCCGAUGGGAUCGAAAACUGUAUUCCGGAUACGAGCUGUCCGGAAAGACGCUCGCGGUCCUCGGAAUGGGCCGCAUAGGCCGUGAGGUAGCCCACAGGAUGCAGAGCUUCGGUAUGAAUAUCGUCGCGUUCGACCCGAUAUUGAAAUCCGAGGUUGCCGCUGAGCUCGGCAUCAGAAAACUUGAACUGGAGGAGAUAUGGCCUGUAGCCGACUACAUCACCGUUCACACACCACUGAUACCUCAAACCAAAAAUUUGGUCAAUGCGACGACCUUGGCAAAGUGCAAGAAAGGAGUAUACAUCGUUAAUGUCGCACGUGGUGGCAUUGUUGAUGAGGAAGCUCUCUUGAAUUCAUUGAAGUCCGGCCAUUGCGGCGGAGCAGCUUUGGAUGUCUUCGUGGAGGAGCCGCCGAAAAAUCCGAUUACCUUAGAGCUCAUUAAACAUCCGAAAGUCAUUCCGACGCCGCAUCUCGGUGCCAGCACGGCAGAAGCCCAACAACGAGUGGCGUUGGAAAUAGCUCAGCAAUUCCUGGCUCUGUCCGGCAAAUCGACGGAAUAUGCGGUUACCGGCAUCGUAAACGCCCCGGUUUUGUCUGCCGCUAUGACAAGCGAAAAUGAACCUUGGAUAGAAUUGUCGAAGAAAUUGGGUCAAUUGGCCGGUCGCUUCCUCAAGGGCAAGUUGAACACGACAAUUCACAGCCAAACCGUGGGCAACGGCAUGCGGGAUAAACAAUUCAUACACACAGCCGUAUUGGUUGGUAUAUUAACUGGUCAGACGAAAAAUGGUUUGAAUCUCGUUAACGCGCCUAUCCUGGCGCAAGACAUCGGCGUGGAGUUGCAGGAGAGCCACAUCGAGGAUGACAAUAGAGCGGUCGUUGUGAAAGUUGGAGAGCACAUCAUCAAAGGAACCGUACGCGAUGAUCAAUUGCUGUUGCUCGCUUUGGACGAUGCUAUCUUCACAAACGGCAUCUCGCUCAGGGAUUAUGUUAGCUUUUAUCGCGCGAGUAGAGUGCAGGAUCUCGCCAGCAUUGUGAAUGUGUUCUCGUUAAAAGGCAUCAAUAUCCACAACUUGAAUGCCAACGGCAGCUGGGUAAUCAUUCAAACCAGUCAGGAGGUUUCGAUCCAAGUGGACGAGAUCGAGAGCUUUUGAGCGCAUCUGAUUAUGAAACAAGAGAGCGAUAAUAAGAGACCGAUAAUAAGAGAGCUUUGAAAAGAAAGAAGAAGCCCAAACAAAGAAUCCAGUAUUGCAAGAUUGAUAUAAAUAUGCGGGGAGUCUUUGCGCUGCUCUAGAAGCAUCAUCCUUUUGACUACGUAAACCUCCUACUCGCAUAAAAUCAUUAUUUAUUAUCUGAUUAAAGCUUAGAAAAAAAAACCGAAAAAAACUGCAAAAGUUUUUAUCGCUUUUAUGUCAAUUUUAUUUAUUUCUAUCUUGAAAAUAAUACGAGUAUAAUAUUCUAAUCGAAAGAGUUUCUACUGUUAUCUAUCAUGCAAAAGGUAUCGCGAUAAAAGAUGUGAUAAAAGCGUAGGUCCAUUUUCGGACUUUUCUCAGAAUCAUGAUAGUGUCUGUACCAGACAAGCUGUGCUUCAUCGACCGGAACAAUUGAUCAUCCGAGGAGGCGAUGUCUGAAGAGUACACCGGAUAAGACAAGACUUCCCUCAAGACAGCUUCAUUCAACUAGUUUUCCGGGUCAAAGAUACAAUAUGCUGUCUGGCGUUGUCACGUCAGAUUGACCUUGUUUUGUUCUCUCGCGAAAUACGGCCGCUUUUCGUAUACUGCCUGUUGUCAUCGUCUCAAUUGCUGACAAUAGCGUUUUACAUUAAUCGUAUGUACAUUAUCAUAAUUGGAGCUCAUAAUAAUGUGCACCUCGUAUUAUUCUACCAAAAAAAAAAAUACAUCGGGUCUCUAGAAUCUACCCACAUAGUUUUACACAUUUUUAGGAUUGUGUAGUAUAUCUAUUUUUUAUCACAAUACGAUAUGAAAAAAUUCUUUCUUUCGAUAACGAACGAGAAGCCAAAAGCGGAAUGUUGAGUAAAUUCGUGAUAGUGCGCUCGGACAAUUUAUGUGAGAUCUCUUUUUCCUGUUUUUUGAAUAUUUUCUAAGGCAUGUAGACGUCGCAACAUGGUGCUCUAAUUAACAUUGAUUCUUUUUGCAAGCUCUAGUUGAUUGCGAAUCUCUCUUCAGCAAUGCUCCCAAAACAUCUAAAUGCGCGAUAGAAAUUUUUGCAUAAGCCUAACAAUAAAACUAAUAUGUACCACACUAUUUUUAUUUUAGAAAAGAAAUUAUAUAAAAUAAAAGUUAAAAUAUUCUUGCGUUUCUUAUAUUUGUUGUUAGUAUGCAUUAAGCAUCAAGUACUUUUAUACACACACGCGCAUAAAAAGAUAACAAAGAAGUGUACACAACGUGUUUGUAUAAGUAUUUAUAUUUUUGUAUUAUUAGAGAUUUAUUAAUAAAACAUCACAAUUAUAUCAAA